AUGCCUCGUGGUCACAGCAAUAAGAAACGCUGCCAGGCCCGAAGUGUGCCUCAGAGUUGUGGCAAUGUUCAGGCCACUGAAGCAGCAGAAGAGGAGUCCACUCCCUCCUCCUCUCAUCAGUUUGAAACUAUUAGCCAGGGUCUGCCUAAUGCUGGGUCACGUAGUACUUCCCAGGGCCCUGAAAGCACACCAAUCACCACCACUACUUCUAUAGGCAUUUCUUGCCAGGGAUCUGAUGAAGCUUCCAACAGCCAAGAAGAGGAUGGGGCAGGCUCCGUUGAGGCCCCACUCUUCACUGAGUUCAAAGAGGUGGAUGAUUUUGCCAACAAGACUGUGUGUUUGGAGCUAUUCCUUCUGUCCAAGUAUAAAUUGAGACAGCCCAUUUUGAAGAAAGACAUGCUGCAUAUUAUCGGGGAAGAUUAUGAAGAUCAAUUUGCUGACUUGCUGAAGAGAGCCUCUGAGCAAAUUGAAAUCUUCUUUGCAUUAGAAACGAAUGAAGUCGACUCAACCAGUCACUCGUAUGCUCUUGUCAGCAAACUGAAGCAUCCCAAUAAUGGGAGAGUCCAUGCUGGCAGAGGAUUACCCAGGACCGGUCUUCUGAUGCAUAUCCUGGGUUUGAUCUUCAUGAAUGGCAACAGUGUCUGUGAGGAAGAGAUCUGGAGAGAUCUGCGUCUGAUGAAAGUGUACCCUGGGAGGAAGCACUCUGUCUUUGGGGAACCCAGGAAGCUCAUCACCAAAGAUUUUGUAAGGCUAAAGUACCUGGAGUACCACCAGGUGUCCGACAGUGAUCCUCCACGCUAUGAGUUCCUGUGGGGUCCAAAAGCCCAUCUUGAAACCAGCAAGAUGAAAGUGCUAGAGUUUUGGGCGAAGGUCAAUGAUACCCACCCUAGUGCCUCCCCUUGUUGUUAUGAAGAGGCUUUGCGAGUUGAGGAAGAGAGAGUCCAGGCCAGAGAUGCAUUCCAGGGCUGCUACUACCGCUAA